AUGUCCACAGCCAGUCUGCUACCCAGAAGUGUUGCUAUGUUACAGGAUAUGUCCACGCACUUCACUGUGCUGAGCCACCUGACACUAGCAAUAAAUUUACUGAGAGAUGUCCACAGCCAGUCUCGUACGUCACCGAUAGUGGCGGCAUUGUUGGUGUGGUCUGUAGCUCUAAUUCUAGUAAUUCCUUACCGACCUAACAUCAGCUACACUGACCUUGGGUUGUUAGACCCUCAUCUGAAGAGCUUUGGAAUCUGCACAGUAAAGCUGACUGACCACAUCAAGGAAUACACCAGAUCAGUCGUCUUAUUGGCGUAUUUUCUGCCUGUGUGUGUCAUGGUGUGGGUCUAUGUUGGAGCUCAUCGUAGAGUCGCAAGACUAACCGAGGAGGCAGGACACAGGUUUAACAGCACCGACUCAAUAACAUGUGAGGAACAACGCUGGAGUUUCGCCGAAAGAUCGAACUACGAGUCGCAGCACAGUGUGACCCAACAGUGUGAGAUGCGAGUCAAGUAUUUAGGCGCUAUGUUGAUAGUGUGCAACGCCUGCCUGUGUCCUCUGAUGAUCUUAAAGAUCAUUAAAACUAAGUUGGUAGAAACUGCAGACUACAGCGGACAUCUAGACCUUCUCUAUUGCGCAUUCGUGUGGCUAGGCUCCCUACCUACCACCACCUCACCUAUGCUUAUACUGUACAGUGAAUAUCGCAGGUAA